AUGUCGAAGCGACCUCAUGGUGAGUCUCAAGAAGAAAGAUGGAUGAGAAAACUAAAAAUGUAUGAACAAAAACUUGAAGCAAAGCGUAAGCGACGCGUUGAAGAAUCAGAAAAUGUACCUCCAAAUCAACAAGAUGUACAAAACGAAGAACAUACCGAGCAGAAUGAGGCUAUAUUAUAUGAUGGACAACAGACAACAAAUGAAACUGAGGAUAUAAUAGAUGUCGCCAACACAGAAGAACAUCAAGCGCGCGAUGUUGAAUACGACGAUUAUUCGUACGAGCAUGUCGUAUUUGAUGAUGCUAGUGAGAUUACUGAUACCACAGCAUUCAACAGCCCGUGUUACACAAGUGGCGAUGGCAAGGAGAUGAAGGACAAUGUUGCAGAAGGUGACUUUGACCCUAGUCUAUUACAAGAACUGGGAAUUGUAGAAGUGGAUCCCGUUGAAUUUGGUGAUGACUUGCAGACCGAUGUAGCAGCAAGAUUUCAAAAAAUUUUGUUGGAAGGGCUUAAAAAAGAAAAGAAAGAAGAACUUUUGAAAAAGUACCCGUUUCCUAAAAACGUUCCCCUAGCAAAAAGCCCAUCUCUAAACCCGGAAAUUGGAGCCAUGUUGGCUGAGGCAUGCAAGCUGAGAGAUAAAAGACUGCUCGCAAAGCAGGACCAGCUUGGCAAAGCGCUUUCAGCGCUAGGCAAGGCACUAACUGGCCUAUUGAAACGAACUCCAGAUAUCCCAAAUAUUAUUCGCACACUCAAUGAUGCGGGCAUUAUGUUAGCUGAUUCUCAUUAUGCUGAAACUGAUACCCGCCGCUCAGUUAUUAUGCCGCUAAUAGAUAAAUCCUUUGCGGAGCCUUUCAAAGACAGAAAAAGAGACACCUUUCUUUUUGGAGAAAAAUUGGGUGAGUUGGUGAAGGACUCUCGUGGCAUAAAAAAGACAGGACAGUUAAUUCAACCACCGUCUACAGCUUCAAAUUUAAAUGGAAGAGGUCCAUCGAUGUCCCGAGGAACGCGAUAUCAGCGGGGAGGCCACACGUAUCAACACCGAUCCGGUGGACCGAGAACAGCAAUGUCGGCCCCAGCAUACCAGUACCAAUACCAAGGUCGCAGACGAGCAGCUCCGCCGCCGCUGCCACCUCCAAGUCGCCGUCAGCCUCCACCUCCACCUUCAACACGCCGACCACCUCCUCCUGCGCAGCGCUCCUCAACCAGUCGACGGACCUAACUACGCAAUGUCAGAUCAACACACCCGCUACACCGUCAUCUUUCCCUGGUAGCGUGUGUGUUAUCCGGGAAGGGUUCCGUAGACAAUGUGUACCUGAAACGGCAUUAGAGGUCAUGCUUAAUUCAAUUUCAGAGAAGACUAGAAUUCAGUAUACGACGAGCCUUAAGUUGUGGUGGGAAUUCUGUUCUCAGAGUAAUGUAGAUUUUUAUGAUUUCAAAAUAUCAUCUCUAUUAGAAUUUCUUACGAAUUGUUUUCAAAGGGGGUCGUCGUAUGGCACGCUAAACAAUCAUCGGUCGGCUAUUUCUUUAAUAUCUUCAAAUAAGAUAAGUGAUGAUUUAAGUUUAAAACGUUUUUUCAAAGGGAUCUUUCGGUUAAAACCAUCAUUUCCACGGUAUGCUUGUACAUGGGAUGUUAACGUGGUUCUGAAUUACUUAGAAAACAUGGAUAACGAUGCAAUUAAUUUAGAGCAAUUGUCUAAAAAGUUAGUCAUGUUGCUAGCUCUCGCAACGGGGCAGAGAAUGCAAACGUUAUCCUUUAUAAAAAUGUCAAAUAUAAAAGUCUUUGAAGAUCGAAUCGUUAUUACUAUUACUAACUUAAUUAAAACCUCAUCAAUUGGCAGAGCUCAGCCAAUUUUAAAUUUACCUUUUUUCCACUCUCGACCUGGUAUUUGCCCAGCUUCGACUUUACAAAAGUACGCCUUAGUAACAUCAUCUUUACGAUCAAAUACCGAGGAGCACCUUAUUCUAACCUAUAAGAAACCACACAGGUCAGCUUCAUCGCAAAGUCUAGGGCGUUGGAUAAAGCAGACCCUCACAGAGAGUGGUAUCGACACUUCCAUUUUUACCGCUCACAGCACGAGGCACGCAUCAACCUCGGCUGCCUCGCGCGCUGGUCUAAGUGUCGAUGUCAUUCGAAAGUCAGCUGGUUGGACUGAGCGAUCAUCUGUCUUUGCGAAUUUUUAUAAUAGGCCUAUAAUUAAUUCAGAA